AUGCAUCGCCGGAGUCCCUCAGCAUCAAAGCCUGCUCAUAGUAUCCCAUCAGCUGAGCAGUCGUUAAUCACAAACGGUGAUGCGGCGGGAAACUCCCCUGGUGAGCUUAGCAGGUUUGAUCCUUAUGGUAGCCUACGCCAAGCACCUCCUCCUAUAAAUACCUCGUUAAUACCCACAGGAGCGUUGAUGUCCCCUCCCGAAUCAUUACAAAAUUCGAGCGAUGAAGAAGAUGGCGGCCAAGAUAGAGGACGCGAGCUUGAAAACCUUGCGGAGUUACAGGCCGCUAUAAGGAUAAUUGAACAGAGGAAAGAGGGUUCGCCCGAUGGAAAGGAAGAUGAUUCAAAGAAAGCCAGGAUGACGCUAGAUCUUAUUAUACCAGACUCGGAGAAAUCAGGACAGCAGAAACGCAGCUCCUCAGAGUCUCAGCGCCCGCCUUUAUCGAAAGAAGCACGCAAGAUAUCUCAUUCAAGGUCAUCAACCGAUUCCAACAUCGUCUUCGAUGCGUCACACCAAACACAGUCCGCCAUGAUCAUGCAGUACAGCAGACCAGAAUCAGAUGAGGACGACGAAGACAGCGACGAGACAGGCAGGCGGUCCAAGCCUCCUAUGGUGCGCAAAAAAUCGGGCGAGCUGGUCAGGCCUGCACUGAGACCUGCAUCUGCCAAAAGGCGCCCUUCGAGUAUGCCAGGUACUCCCACAUACUCGAAAGCAGUUCACUUCGACGCGCACCUUGAGCACGUUAGACAUUUCUUACAGGUUGACAAGCCGCUAGCUGUGAGCGCUGGGUCUUCGCCAGUCGAAACUUACGAAAGUGAGAUUGAGUUCCCAUUUGGUAGUGAGGAGUCUGGUCGAUCACGAGGUCCCUCUGAUGAAUGGGAAAUACGGCUGUCGAAUUUUCCGGCCGAAUCUGAGGAGCGUAAACAUCUACCUGUGCGUGUUGAGAGAAUCUUUCUAUCGUUGGAUAACAAAAACCUUAUCGGCGUCGUUGCCGUCCAAAACUUGGCAUUCCACAAACGGGUUACAGCUCGAUUCACGUUUGACUACUGGAAGACAACAUCAGAGGUCACUGCUGACUACAACAAUGACGUUCGCCGCAAGCAAGUCAAUGACGGGUGUGAUCGCUUCAAUUUCACAAUCAAGCUGACCGAUCAAGCCAACCUUGAAAACAAGACCAUGUUUUUCUGCAUCCGGUAUGAUGUCAAUGGUCAACAAUAUUGGGACAACAACGGAUCAAUCAAUUACCAGGUCGAAUUUUCCAAAAGAGCCAAAAAUCAUGGCCAGAAUGGCGUGCCUGGACUCGGGGCUCGACCACUCAAUGCACUACCCCGAAGCAGGCCGUCCCUUCCAAUGUCUGCAGGUAGUCCUCGACCACGGUCUAUGCCUCAUUCCUUUGACGACUUUGCAUCUGGCUUUAAUUUCAAUCAAUCGCCAACAGCAAUGAUUGGCGAUUCUUCUAUCAAAUUAAAGGGCCCUCGUUCUCGUGCUGAGAUCGUUCCUGAUGCGCCAACACGCCGGCCAAAGGCUAAUGGGCAGGCUUUUGGGAAUCGAUACGAUUUUGGGGCUUCUUUAAAUGCUGCAAUUCAGAAUGCAUCUGCUCUCCUUGGCGAUCAGAGCGGUUUUGCCAAAAAUCCUGCCACCGAACAAUCUAGACCUGAGGUUUCUGAGUCAAAGUCAAAGCGUAGCGGCACAGCACAGCAACAGCCCCCAAGCAUCGUUGUCAAACAGCCAACCGGAGGGAUGGCGACCAAUACUUCUGUCAACGGGCUGGGUCCUGCAAAGCCCGCUGCCCUUGUUUCAGAGAAGCCAUCUUUACAAUCACAGUCGUACCAAGAACUCGUGGACAAGUACUGCUUUUUUGGAUCAGCCAAAACCUCGCCGCAGCUGACUCGAUCAACGCUGGGCCGGGUAGAUGGCCCGAAAGAUGACGAUACUGGUUCGAUCUCCGAUGUCAGCGUUAGCAGUGGCUCAUGCAGCCCUACAGACAAUACUUAUUCACGUUAUGGCGCUCAAGAGCUUCCCCAACGAUCCAUCAGCCCUUCCCUAUCCCGUUCAUCGUCUCCAAUUCCUAAGACCGGCUCUGCGUUUGGCGAACGUACCGCUUCACCGGUUUCAUUCGGCUAUCCAUACCAUCAGUCCAUGAACCAAGGUCUUUUUGACACACCUACCGCCACAGCUAUCCAGAGCUAG